AUGGCGUUGUUCAUAGUUUUCCGUUCUAUGGGGAUCAUCCCUUUUAUGGAUCUCCACCUUUCGUCCUCCCCCAAAAAGGCGUUGAGAGAGUUCAAAUACGCGCUACUGCCGUUCCUCCUCCUCCUUCUAAUCUCUUCCUACGUCGGGCUCAACCGCCUGAGCCCUUUCAAGCUGUACCCAUCCCCGUCGCUGCUUCGUCCCAGCCUCCUCCCUCUGAGCGAUUCCAAGUGGGUCACGGCGGUGACGGGAGAGUGUGAUUACUGGAGAGGGAGGUGGGUGAGGGACGACAGCAACGCUUUUAGGCACUACGACGAGAGCUGCCCGUUUCUCGCGGGGUUCCGAUGCCACGAGAAUGGGCGGGAAGAUGAUGAUUAUCUCAAGUGGCGCUGGCAACCUUAUGGCUGCGAUCUUCCCAGAUUUAAUGCAAGCAAGCUCUUAGAAAGUAGCCGAAACGGAAGAAUAGUGUUCGCCGGCGACUCCCUGGGAAGAAAUCAGUGGGAGUCCCUGGUGUGCAUGCUUUCGCAAGCAGUCUCUGACCGGUCCACCAUCUACGAAGCCAACGGGAACCCCCUAAACAAACACAAGGGCUACCUCUCAAUCCGGUUCCAUGAGUACAACCUGACCAUUGAGUAUUACCGGGUGCCAUACCUGGUCAUUACAGCCAAAGCCCCUCCGAACUCCCCAGCCCAUGUCCGCAGGACGAUCCGGGUUGACGAGCUGCAUUGGUUCUCGAAGAUGUGGGUUGGCGCGGAUGUGAUCGUGUUCAAUGCCGGGCAUUGGUGGAACCAAGACAAAACAUCAAAGAUGGGAUUCUACUUCGAGGAAAAAGGAGCUGUCAACAUGACUAUGGAUUUGACUGCAGCAUUUAGGAGAUCUCUUCAGACAUGGAAGCUUUGGGCAAAACGGAAUUUGGACUUUGAGACAAGUCACGUGUUCUUCCGAAGCUACUCCCCCGCGCACUACAGCCAUGGCUCGUGGGAUAAAGGAGGGCAGUGCAACAUCAGCAGAGAACCACAGUCCGAUUCCACAAGGCCACGUUCAGAGACCUUGUAUAACCCACUGAUCUAUGAGGUGAUCAAAGAUAUGGGAGGGAGAAACGCCAGCAAGGUCCACUUCCUGAACAUUACGCACAUGACAGAGUUUCAUGACGGCCAUCCGUCCAGCCAUCGGGAGCCCGGUACUCCUCCUACCGCUCCCCAGGAUUGCAGCCAUUGGUGCCUGCCGGGUGUGCCGGAUACCUGGAAUGAACUUCUCUACGCUCAGCUUGUAUCGAGAAGAUACCUGUGGGCUAUUACUGAGCAGCGUAUAGACAUCCUGAUCCCCGGUAGUCAUUGGGUUUACGAGUUGGUCGUGAUCACUGUCCGGAUCGAUGAGGGCCUACUUGAGAGGGUACCUCAUCGAUUCAAGGCGGGGUUCCACCAUGGACUCAAUGGAUACAGAGUCAGUCCCCUUCAGGGUUUUGAGAUCCCCGUUGUGGUUGUCAACGUCGCUUUUGGCAAGGGUGCUGCUGACACUCCUGAUGGUACUGUGGAGGACCCGGUGCCCCGGAGCCUAUGGAGUCCGAAGGGUCGGUGA